GUCGGGCACUCGCUUCGGCCGCAGCAUUUGCGAUCGCAGCGGCUGAUCACACUUUUUGGCAGAAAUCAGACACUGCAAGAGUGAUUCAAAAAAUGACAACGCUACUUCUGACCAGGCUAGCUGGGGCCGCUCUGCUUCUGGCAACGCUUGUUCUGGGACAAGGUACAGGUGGCAAAGCUAUCUGCGACAAGCAGGCUAUCGCGGGGUGCUACUGGGGCCUUGCAGAUCAGUAUGGAAAGAUGGCGCUCACAGACAGUGCUGAAAACAAAGACUCCUAUAUGAGCAGUUUGUGCCACAGUGAUCCACAUGGCUUCCCCGAAGAGAUUGAGUGCAAAAGAGAUCGUUACGCCAGCUGCACAGACGCCGAGAAAAAGGAGUUUGCUAGCAUGGAACGAGGCUACGCUGCACUUCGUGCAGAAAUAACCUCAAAAGACUGCGGUGCCGUGGUGCAACUUGCCCAAUGCAUGGACCUCGAGGCGAUUCGCACCUGUGACACCAUAAUGAAUGCCGGUAGCUUCGAGAAGCAGAUUGAUGAACAGAACCGGGUGGCACAGAACUUGAAGGUCUGCGUCGAGAAGGCAGUGAAAACAUGCGAUGCCAAGAAGAACGCUGCCGCCAUCUCACAUCUUCAGAAAAUAACCGAAGCCAUAAUUGACCUCUACAGGCUGUCUGACAAGCCAAACGGUACUCCCACCACGCAAGCUGCUACGGCAGUCAUCGUGACAUCUCUGCUGAGCUUGGUAGCCCUUAACUUUUUUUAAAUUACUUGUAUAGCCACACAUUCGGACAAUCACCAAUCAUAUUCAGAGGAAGUAGCGUGAUCUUCAAACUACCAUUAAAUCUUUCAACAAUUUG